CGCCGCCGCUAUUACUGUUGAGAGAAAAGUGAGACAGGGUGUACUUUAGUCACUAUUUUGUGUCUUAAACGGUAUGGGAUUAUUAUGUCCAUCGUUUUGUAUCAGCAUGGCCUGCAGAACUGAAAAUGAUGUUUUAAAAUCUUUGAAAACUGAACGGACUCCCUAUGCAGAGAGAGUGAGGGACCAAGCAAACUGAUGUGAGGUGUAGAGCAUCUUUGAGUGUGCUCAGUCCACUCUUGAGCAUCAGGAUGAGUGGAACAGGGGAGCAGUCCGAUAUCCUAGCCGUCGGGAGCAUGGUCCGGGAGCGAUGGAGAGUGUUGAAAAAGAUUGGUGGUGGUGGUUUUGGUGAGAUCUAUGAAGUCCUGGACCAGGUCAACCAGAUGAAUGUGGCUCUCAAAGUAGAGUCUGCCCAACAACCCAAACAGGUCCUGAAGAUGGAGGUAGCGGUUCUGAAAAGGCUUCAGGGUAAAGACCAUGUUUGUCGCUUUGUUGGCUGUGGACGCAAUGACCGCUUCAACUAUGUGGUCAUGGAGCUUCAGGGAAGAAACUUGGCAGACCUUCGGCGCACCAUGGCCCACGGCACAUUCAGCUUCUCCACCACACUCAGGCUGGGCCGACAAAUCUUAGAAGCCAUCGAGAGCAUCCACUCAGUGGGCUUCUUGCAUAGAGACAUCAAACCAUCCAACUUUGCAAUGGGCCGUCUAGCAAGUACAUGCCGAACCUGUUAUAUGCUUGAUUUUGGUUUGGCACGCCAGUUUACAAACUCAUGUCAAGAAGUCCGUCCACCACGUCCAGUGGCGGGAUUCAGAGGAACCGUCCGUUAUGCUUCUAUUAAUGCCCAUAAGAAUAAGGAAAUCAGUCGACAUGAUGACCUUUGGUCUUUAUUUUAUAUGCUUGUGGAGUUCAUGGUGGGUCAGCUACCCUGGAGAAAGGUCAAGGACAAAGAACAGGUAGGAAAUAUGAAGGAGACGUACGACCAUCACCUCAUGCUCAAGCACCUCCCGGCUGAGUUUAGCAUUUUUCUGGACCAUAUCUCCAAUCUGGAUUACUACACUAAACCAGAUUAUCAGCUUCUGAUGUCAGUCUUUGACAACAGUAUGAAGAGCUAUAAUGUGGUGGAAAAUGACCCUUAUGACUGGGAGAGGACUGAUUCAGAGGACACACUUAAUGUUGGAACCCUGGCAACCACAGCUCAGCAGCUGACCCGUCUCACACCCGCAUACCUGGGCAUGGCCAAUGCCUCUGUGAUCCCAGGCGAUCUGCAACGUGAAAACACAGAGGAUGUUCUUCAGGGUGAGCGCCUCAGUGAGGCUGAUAAUUGCGCCCACAUCCCAACCCAGCCUGUACAGGGAGCAGAUGUGUGGGAAGAUAUGGAGCACAGCCGUGACCGAAACCUCAAUCACAUCCAGCCACUAAUCAGAAAGGUGGCUAGUGAGGAGGAGCAAAGCAAAGAGGGCAACCAGAGCCCCAACAGUGGCUCUAUCCAAGGAUCUCCCAGGCGUGUGCGCUCAGAGACCCUGCUCAUUGACCGUGUGGCUCCUCUACUGAGAAGGAUGCGCCACAGCCAGAGCAUGGGUCUGGACAAGAGACUGACCCCUGAGCCUAAACCCACCAUUGAACGCUUUCUGGAGGCCUAUUUAGGGAAGCAGCGGCCAUGCCUGCCCCAGGACAGGUCUGUCUGCCGGGUUGAGCAGGGCUCCUUGGAGGAUGAGGAGGGUGCAGCCAGCAGUGGUUACGUUGCAGUCAACCUCAGCCCAGUCCCCCAAGAGGGUGACUCACAGGAGUGGGUCCUAGUGGAGCUUGAGGGAGGGAGCGGAUCAGCCGGCUGUAAACCUGAUGAGGAGGAACGCUCAGGGAUCUCACCACGCUCCUCCAGCCCCCUCGCCCUCCCUCGCACCUGGUCUGACCCCCUCCCUCAGCGCACUAGCAGCCUGAGUGGCUUAGGAGAAUUCCAAGCAAGCGUCUACCACACUGGACCUCCUUUUACCCGCUUGCCGGGUUUGUCUGGCGUAACAGGCUUGUCUGGGCUAUCUGGACUGAGGAGACUGCCCACAAUCCAGCCUGCAACAAUGGUCCAUCUCAGCAGGAACCAUCUUGAGCAGUCAUCCAAUGCUGUGCAGCAGUGUUUCCAGCUGCAGCAUAAGACUGGAGAUGAUUCUAAGAAUGACAAUCCAUCAGGCGCUGCAGGGCACAAUCAUGUGCCAAAUUAUUCACCCCCUAAAAGCCCCAAUAAGUGCUCUUUUCCUGUAGAUGGAAACAUUAUCUCUGUCAAAGCCUCUGAAAAAGAUGUUGAGAGUGACUCUGGCUGUCCUGAUGGUGGACCUUGUAUAACACCCAACCAGGGUGUUGAUAGAGUUCCGGCAUCACCUCGUGAGCUCUCCCCCAGAGCCAGUCGCAUCCCUGUCCGUGACCCGGACUCUCCAACCUGCAGGGGUUUUCCAGCCCCGCUGUCUCCAUCUCUUUCGAUAUCCUGUGAGCACUUCCCCUCUGCACAGCUCCGUGACAAGUUCACCUUCCCUACUGGCUCUCGAGGGUCUGACUGGCAGGGAGAGGAGCCUCUCUCUCUGUCCUCCUCCUCAGGCCCUCUCUCAAUAAAGAGUAAAAUACCGAGACCCAUAAGCCCCACUCUAGUGCCGGAUCAACUGUCUGCUCAGACGCCAAUGCUUAUUCCUCGGCCGCCACCAGGCAAACCACCCCUUCGUACAGGCGGCGACAACAGACGCAGACGCUAUGGCAUUCGUGCUAGCAGCACUGGUGACACAGAUCUCCUGGACAACCUUACUCAGAUCAUGCAGGAGCGAGGCGGCCUGGCUGUCAGCUCCUCCUCCUGUUACCAACGCACCUCCACCUCUUCCCUGCAGCGCUCGCUAAGCUCCUCCCCUUCCCGAUUUGAGGGUGCUUACAGCCAGCCACCAAUUGGCUGUUCUGCCUCCCCGCCUCCUCGAAUCAGUGACUUGCGGGUGAAUCAUGGCUCAGGCCUCUGCAGCAGAGUCAGAGCAGGAAGUCUUGAGAGCAAACCACAACCAAAAUGAGCAAAUAAAGAGAAAAACAUGCAUAUAUGUUACUGAUGGUGUGAGUUGUCAGUAAUUUGACAGCUGGUUUAAAAUAUUAUAAGUAGCUUUUAACCCGGUAUCAAGUUUGAAGCCUGAUGAACUGUAGCCUUUAUACAAGUGGUAUUUUGAUAAAUAAGUAGCGGGAUAAAAGCUGAAACCAGAAUUAUUGGUUGUGAUUACUUGAAAGCAUCAUGUCUUUUUUAAAACAUUAAAUAUGAUUUAUGGGGUCAUAUCAAACGUUUUCAAAACAGUAUAACCAACCAACCUAAACACCCAUUUGUGUUUGCGCCUUGAGUAACACCCCCUACACAUGAAAUGAGCAACAGCGCAGCGUUCCAGUCCUUAUACACCUGAUGUGGGUUUGCUGUCGUGUUCAGUAAAGUUUUUAUCUCCCAAAUUUUCAGCCACUCUUUUCUAACAUUGGGAUCCUUCAAAUGGAAAUGUAGAGGAGCAUGUGCUUAACACAGCCAGAAAGAACAGCAGAGCUAGUUGUUUUUUGUCAUAGGGUCGAGGUUUGGCUGUUAGAUUCAGCUCUCUUGUUAUAAAGUGUUAUAAAUCACUGAUUUAUGAAUAUUUACUGAUUGGCAUAAAAAUAUGUUUUCAGAACUGAUUGCCCUUGAACCACUGAUGGCAGCAUGCUGUUGAGAAUGGGAAUGCUCUAAGUACUGUAUAUUAGACCUCCUUGUUUUUAUCUGCUUCAAUAAGUUCCAAAAAAUGCUCUUUUUGGACUGGGGAGGAAGUUUGAGUUCUGAAAGAUAGUAUGUUUUCAUAUACAGUGCUGUGCAAAGGUUUUAGACAUUUGUGAAAAAUGUUGCAUAAUGCGGAUGUCUUCAAAAAUAAUUAAAUAAAUAGUUUUCAUUUAUCAUUUAACAUCAUACAAAGUCCAGUAAACUUAAAAAAGCUAAAUCAAUAUUCAGUGUGACCACCUUUGCACCAAUUCUCCUAGGUACACCUGGACAGUUUUUCUUGGAUGUUGGCAGAUAGGAUGUUUCAAGCUUCUUGGAGAAUUUGCCACAGUUCUUCUAUCUGUUUAGGCUGUCUCAAUUGCUUCUGUCUCUUCUUGUAAUCCCAGACUGACACGAUCUUCAGUGGGGGACUUUGUGGGGGCAGUGGCGGAGCUAAUGGGUGGCCAUGGCCACCAUGGACCAAAGCCUGGCCACCCCACUCACAAUUGCUGUUUAGUCAUUUUCUUUGGUAAUUUUUUGGCACAAUUUAGUUGUUUAGAGGUCAAAUUAUCUCUGUACAAAUGUACAAACUUAACAUGUGCACACACCCAAGGUCACCGCACCUCUCCGUCCUGGGUGUCAUUGUAUCCACUCAACCCCUCCCCCCACACACCGACGAUAUAAAAAUGCUGCCCGAACAUUUCUGUGCCACCACAGACUGAUCGCUUGCCCCUGCCUGGCCACCCCUUUGAAAAACUCCUGGUUACGCCCCUGUGUGGGGGCCAUGACAUCUGUUGCAGGGCUCCCUGUUCUUCUAUUCUAAUCUUACUAUUUGCGAAAGUAAUAUUUGGGAGUCUAACAUUUAUAUUUCCUAUUGUCACACUAAAGCUGAUGAUAUUAAUGACCAUCUUAAGUGAUACUUUUGCACAGUACUGUACAUCAAGCUCUUAUCUCAAAAUGUCAAGGAACAUUGGAUUUCUCAUGAUAUGACCCCUUUAACAUGCUGAACAGUUUAUUUUCUCUUGAAAAAUGGUCAUUGGGAUAAUUUGUAUUUAUUUAUUUUGAAGACCUCAUAUAGUUUGUGCCAAAUAUUCAUUUUUAUUUUUUAUAUUUCUUUUUUAAUUUUUGUGUUUAAUUUAUCGGUUUUUGUCUCCUUGUCUAUUUUUCAGUUUCUGGUUUACGCAUAGGUCUCUAAUAGUGAGAAUGUUUGAAAUGUGAAAUUAAUGUGGCUGGACUUAGUAACUCAUUGUAUUCUGUCCAACAGAUGCAUGUUUCGAGUUUUGUGAAAGCAGAUAGAAGACUUACAUUUUUAAAUUUUAUUAUGUUAUUAUUUUAUUUACGAUUCAUGUGUCCGAGAAUUUAAGCUAUUCUUAAGCACUAAUUUCAAUCGGAGGGUAUCUAUACAGUGUAAUAUCAUUUAUGUAUUGAUACCUAUGGUCCAAGCAUGCAUGUGUAUAUAUGUAUUUCAGGGAAUGUACUGUAUGUACUGUAAACUGUAUCAUCUAUAGAAUGUAUUUAUUGGAUGUGGUAACCAUACCUGACAAUGUAGCUUUAUUACUUGUGACUGAGUGGAAUUGCCAUCACAUUAAGGGUCAGCAACCUUGCAAUUGCCAAGUGUAACCUCUUGCAUGCCUGCAAUGUAAUACUAACACAGUCCUUGUAAAUAGUCAUAACUUACUGAUAUACUGCAGUGGAACACUAUGGACCCUUAAACUGAAUUAUACAAGGUACUCUUGAUUCAAAACACAGAACGCUACAGCCCCAAUUCUACAUUACUUAAAUAGAUCAGCGUGAAGUCUGUUUGACAAAUGGACUAUGCCAAGGCAGUUUUGGGGAUUGAACCUUCCAUUGUGACAUUGAAAAUUGGCUGAAGCAUACAAGACCCAUGCAGAUGUACAGGAAAGCAAUUACUGCACCACUAGUACAAUAUUUCACAAUAUACUGAGCCAUUCGCACUACUAUGACUUCAUUGUGUGCUGUGCAUAUAGAAUAGUUGUUUUGUUCUGGACUGUCCAUUUUGUCCUCUGGAAGUACAUUGACUUUAAAUGCAUCAGUAGACCCACCACUGUAAUAUGACUGAUGGUUUCACUCUAUUAAGAAUUGUACAUAAUCUAAACUGUAUAUAGAUAUAAAUAUAUUAAAAAGAAAACACCACAUUAUGCUUCUUGUACUGUAUUUUGCUAACAUGUUUCAAUCAUGCAAAAAAAAUGUCACCAUUUUGGAAUGUUUAUGUAUUCAUAUUAAUGGAAUAAAUAAGUACU